AUGACUUUAUCUCGAAAAAGGGCAUCAGGCGCCUCUUUGCCAACCUCCAGCUUAAGCAAGAAGCUCAAGCUAACAAGCAUAUGCCCAUCCCAGCCUUCGAACCAGUCGAUUCUACCUAUCAACUUCGCAGCCCUUCUAGAACAAAACCCAUCAGAUCUUAUGCCAGAUCUACAGAUGCAGUGCCAGAAUGUCUCAGACUACGCCAAGGACGAACAAGGUUACCCUACGACGUAG